CUAAGGCACUUGGCACGAAUAAACAGCUAAAGUAAUGACUGCUUAAAUUGGCAGCACUUUAACGUUAAGAUACAGCUUUCUGUACUGAACAUAGCAGAAUAAUUCGGUUAAAAAUGUGAGAGAUGUUAUUAAAGCAAACGUUGCUUGAAGUCGAAGGCUUUUACCGACCAAAAAGGUCCUGGUUUGGUUGAUCUUUCAAGUCAAGGUAUCCACAAGCUGGAUCCGAACUUCUGUUCACUGGACACACGCACACUCAUCUUAGACCAGAACCAUAUCAUCAAACUGGAACAUCUGGAGAAGAAUGUAGCUAUUCAGCAGCUCUCCGUGGCUUGUAAUCGGCUAGUUCGUAUGAUGGGUGUGUCAAAACUUACAAACCUGAGGGUCUUGAACCUCCCUAACAAUAGCAUUGGCUACAUCGAGGGAAUGAAAGACCUGGUGCAUCUUGAGUGGCUAAACUUAGCAGGAAACAACAUCAAGGUCAUUGAGCAGUUAAACAGCUGUAUAGCACUGCAACAUCUGGACCUGUCUGACAACAACAUUUCUCACACGGGUGACAUUUCAAAACUCUCUGCCUUAAAGACACUUCUUCUCAAUGGCAACAUUAUAACAAGUCUGCGUUCUUCCCCCGUCCAUUUUCCUCUAAACCUCUGUGUUCUCUCAUUGGCUGAAAAUGAAAUCCAGGACCUCGCUGAGGUGUCCUACUUAGCACCUCUCCACAACCUCCAGCAGUUGUCCAUCAUGAACAACCCAUGUGUGAUGGCUACAUCCUCAAUGCCCGGAUGUGAUCAUCGCCCAUAUGUUGUGAGCUGGUGCCUUAAUUUGAAGGUGCUUGAUGGAUAUGUGGUGUCACAAAAAGAAGGGCUUAAAGCAGAGUGGUUGUACAGCCAAGGCAAAGGACGUACAUUUCGUCCAGGACAGCACAAGCAGCUAGUCCAGUACCUGGUUUCCACAUGCCCCUUGACCUCCUCAACCUCACUGCAGUCUGCUGAGGAUGCCAAGCUGGAGAGGAUCCUCAGCAAACAGAGGCAGCAUCAGAAACAGCUUCUCCAGGAAGGUCAGGACAAUUCCUCAAGUCCUCUUCCCCCGACUCAGCUGGAUAUGGAUCAGCACUGGAACGAUCCAGCCCAUAAAAGUCUGAAUGUCAUCGGUCAACCAGAAGCUUCUGAACCAGUUGUCCAGAUGAAUACUUGGAUGUCCAAUACAUCCUCAGAACAUGUCCUAGGUGCAGUUCCUGCCCAUUCUCGUGAUGGGGACAGUCUGGUUCUAGAAGACAUGCAGACAGAUGAGGAGAAACUUCACGGCAGCCUGCUGUCCUCAGAGUCAGCCUUCCUACCCGUAAACUCUGUUGUCCGCUCACCGUCGCCCGCUGACAGUGAAGAGGAAGAGCUUGACGAGCCCGAUUCACUGGCUCCUCCAAAUCCAGCUCGAUCUCAUCCACGCAAAGUGGAGAGAGUGACAAGCUUUCACACCGUAGAGAAAGGAGAACACUUAGAAGCUGACAGAAUGGUUCAUUUGCAAGGCAGCAAGGCCACAAAUGCCCCUGAGGCAGGUACUGAGCUGAGAGGACCAAGUGCUAUGGUGGCAGAGUGCCAUCCACAUUCAGCAGCGGUGAAGAUUCAGGCCUGGUGGAGGGGACACUGGACUCGACAGCAGCACCCCCAGGCCAAAGAAGUGCGCUGUGAGAUUCGCCUACGCCGACUACAGGAUCACAUCGUCUACCUGACGGCAGAGCUGGAGAGAGUGCAGCAGCAGCAGCAGGAGGAGAAGUUGCAGAGGAUGAUCCAGGAAGAAGCUGUGAAGUUUCUCUGGAAGCAGCUUCAGGCCAUGAUGGAGUGGCAGUGUUCAGUGAAGGAGCAACUCAGCUGUUUAUCCCCCAUGCAGAACAUUACUGCUGGUCCCAUUCCUGCCAGCCCUAAAACCACAGCUCUUCCUAUGCCAAGCGAGGUCUCAAUCCCUGAAUCAGGCUUUCAAUCUCCUGGUGACCAGCAGGGGGUGUUGGAAGACAGUAUGAGCAGCGCUGCUACAGGCGGCUCUCCUGAAACAGUGCGAACUUUGCAACCUACAAGCUCACCUGGCUCCGGAGCAGAUGGAGACAGUCAGGAUAGCAGCUUGCUAGAGCAGUAUCUCUCCUCCGUGCAGCGCCAGGAAGAGGAGGAUGAAGCCAGAGAAAACUGUUCUUCACUGUUUUCUCCGGCUCACGGCUCAGAGGUGUCUUCCUGUCCAGAUGUAGUGGGUUAAAGAAAAGAGAACAUGCUGCUGAACACAGAGUUGUGAAAAAGUUAAGGAAUAAAAAAGGCUUCUAUUAGCUUUUUAUUCGUUAUAAGCAUUAAUGAGGAGGUGCUAAGUGUUAUGUUCUGGCACUAACUCUGGAUACAUCAGAAUCUAUGUUCACAAAGGAUAUGAGCAGUUGAAAGCACUGAGUGAAAAUUAGUCACAAUAAACCUUUUUAAAAUAUCCUGGAUAUCAUCAGUGUUUUCUGACUGAAUGACACCAGUGUUACUGAGUAACAGCUGUUAGAUUUUGAAUUGGAUAUUAAAAUGUAUUUUUGUACAAAAUAUUUAACUUUCCCACCUUUUUUGUUUUAAAUCGUUUAUUUUUGUAGAUGUUAAAUAAAAAUAUGAGUGAAACCAUAGGUUUUUGUCAGUUUUUCUAAAAAGAAAAACAAAAAUGCUUAUUUGACUGACACUUAAGCAUGCUAUAUAUUGUUUUAUUUACUGUGUCUCGUGAAAGUUAUUUUCAUUAAAGACUUUUGAAGUAU